AUGCCUCGUCUCUACCAUAGGUCUCAGCUCGCGCUGCAUAUCAAGCGGGCCAUUUGUGCCCAUCAACAGGCAAACCCUCUGCUGCGCCACGUGGACCUCGCACGUUGGUGUUUCACGCGUUUUGGUGUGAGGCCCGACCGUUCGACCAUUGGUCGCGUUCUCAAAGGCGCCGACCGAUGGCACGUUCCUGAUGACGCCGUGGACGCCAUUCGCGUCCGCGGCGGGGCAUACCCCGAACUGGAGCGCUCGAUGGCACGCUGGAUUUCAAAUGCAGGCCCCGCUGGCGUCCCUCUCACCCUCGCCACUAUUCGCGACCAUGUUGCGACGAUGGCGCGUGCGAACGGCGCUCCGCCGACUUUCCGUUGCUCCAUCGGCUGGGUCCGCCGUGCGCUGCGCCGCCAGGGAGUACGGUGCAUGAGCGCGGUCGGCGAGGCGGCCGACCAGGAUCUGAACGCAGUGCGCACCACUAAGGAGAAGCUUCCUCAGCUUCUCAUGCAUCUCGGCGUGCGCCCGCGUGAUACUUUCAAUUUCGACGAGACUGCGCUGUACAUCAGCGUGCUUCCUCGCAAAACGUACGGCACGGGCAGGUCGGCAGGGCGGAAGGUUCCGAAGGACCGCCUUACCGUCGGCUUCUUGGUUAAUGCGGACGGGACGCACGCAUUCCGUCCGCUUGUCAUCUCCAAGGCUAAGCGGCCACAUGAUUUCAGGCCGGACUUCGACCCCGAGGAGUAUUGCUACUGGUGCAACACCGCUAAGGGGUGGAUGACCAAAGCCCUGGACACCGCCAUGUACGCAGAGGGCCGCCAAGUCGUCGUGCUGCUCGACAACGCGAGCAGUCACACCCUGACAACCGAGGGCGCAGAAACCGAGGACCUCUUCGGGUUCCGCACGCGAAAGCUCAGUAACGUGCGCCUCGUCUACCUACCGCCGAACACCACCUGCUUCACGCAGCCACUCGACCAGGGGAUGAUCGCCAUGACGAAGGCGCGGUACCGCCAGCACUGGCUCCGCGCCUUCACCGGCAUGUGGACUGCUGACGGCGCGACUUCCGCGGCGGCAAGGUUCAAGCCGAACCUCUGUCGCGUGCUGGAAUGGCUCCAUGACGCGUGGAUGAAUAUCCCGCACGUCACUAUCCAGCGCUGCUGGUGGCGCACCGAGUGCCUACCGCGGGCGUGGGCGAUGGAACUCCCGCACGUGGAACAGAGCGGCGACCCACAAGUCCAGGCUGGGGGUGACAUUGGCCUGGACGAGGAGUUGAACGACGUAGGCGUCUUAAUCGAUCGUCUCGGCCUCGGGUCGUCCGCGCUGCCUGCGGCAGAGUUCGUCGGAAUUGAUGACAACCAGCCGACGUGCGCCGAUCCGGGCGAGGACCCCCUGGCGCGGGAGCCGGCGUCGGCGCAGACGGCGCAUAUUUGGGAGGCGCCGGCGGCGAUGCAAGCGGUGUACGACGAUAACAACCCUGCGACGCGCGAAGCUCGUCGCACUGCACGCGCCGCCUGCGAGAUGCUCAUUGGGUACGCGCGUGCGACGUGCAUCACGCCGAGGGAUUUGUGCGCGCUGUUUGACAUCCGCAACCCCAUGAUCAUCGCGCGGAUGGAGCGCGCAAGCCCGGCACUUAACCUUAACGCUACUCCGCCGCCAGCGCCGACAAACGAGGACACCCCGCCGGCAGAGACUCCACGUCGCCGCGGUCGCCUUCUGCCGGCAUGGAUGACGGUGCCGACCCCUGACUGGGUUGCCCAAUCUGCUCGCCGGCAGGAGCUUAUCGACGCUGGCGCUCCCGCCGUGAUGAGCGGAUAUCUCGCUGCGGCAGAGUGGAUGAGGCUGUGA